GGAGUCGUGGGGCUGAGGUCGCCUGGUGGCGGGCUAGAGGGCGGUGCCGGCGGCCCUCAAUGUGGCCGGAGCCCCCUGCAGCGAACUUGAAGGCUGGGGUUGGUCUGAGCGACGCCUGCCAUGGCUCCUCUGGUCGGGAUCGCCUUGCUUCUCGCCUGCUGGGCGCUCCUUUUGGCCCCGGGGGCCCCGCAGAGACCCGGGGAGAACGAUUAUAUUUUGGGAGAUCUAGAGGAAUACAGGCUGGUCAUCCCAACUAGCACAGACUCAAAGGGCAGGUUCGUCUCCAAUGUCGUGUCGGGAGCAUGUAAGAGGCGCUUCCCAAGAGACACCAAGGAUCUUCCUCAGCAAGCUGCAAGCAAGGAAAUUUUUUACAAUGUCACUGUUUUUGGACAAGAAUUUCACUUUAGAUUAAGGCCAAAUUCCCGGCUGGUGGCUCCUGGAGCAACGGUGGAAUGGCAGGAGGAUUCAAACAUCACCUACACUGAACCGCUUCAUGGGGAUUGCCUUUAUGUGGGGCAUAUCACGGACGUGCCUAAUGCUUCUGUUGCCAUCAGCAAUUGUGAUGGGCUGGCUGGCAUGAUUCGCACGGACAAGGACGAGUAUUUCAUUGAACCUCUGCAGAAGGGGAAGCAGGAGGAGGAGGAAGGAAGGACACAUGUGGUAUAUCGCAGGACAGCUGUCAAGGGGACAUUUCACAGAGCGCACCCAGAUACCCAGCCUAGAGAGGCUGAUCUGAGCAAUCUAGACAGCAUGUUGCAUCUACUGAAAGAUGAGAUCAGUUCCUCGAGGAAGAGGAGGAGAUAUCCAAGACAUGCAGCUGAUGAUGACUACAACAUUGAAGUGCUUCUUGGAGUUGAUGACUCAAUUGUACAGUUCCAUGGGAAGGAACAUGUUCAGAAGUAUCUUCUGACCCUGAUGAACAUUGUUAAUGAAAUCUAUCAUGAUGAGUCCCUAGGUGCCCAUAUUAAUGUUGUCUUGGUAAGGAUUAUCAUGCUGAGCUAUGCGAAAUCCAUGAGUUUAAUUGAGAUUGGCAACCCUUCUCAAAGUUUAGAGAAUGUGUGUCGUUGGGCCUACCUACAACAAAAACCUGAUACUGGACAUGCAGAGUAUCAUGACCAUGCAAUUUUUCUCACAAGACAGGACUUUGGACCUUCUGGAAUGCAAGGUUAUGCUCCAGUUACCGGCAUGUGUCAUCCAGUUCGAAGCUGCACACUUAAUCAUGAAGAUGGUUUCUCCUCAGCAUUUGUUGUAGCCCAUGAAACUGGACACGUAUUAGGCAUGGAACACGAUGGUCAAGGGAACAGAUGUGGGGAUGAAGUCCGGAUGGGAAGCAUCAUGGCGCCGCUGGUCCAGGCUGCAUUCCAUCGCUUCCACUGGUCUCGCUGCAGCCAACAGGAGCUGAACCGAUACCUUCAUUCCUACGAUUGUUUGCGUGAUGAUCCCUUCGACCAUGACUGGCCCUCCCUUCCUCAGCUGCCGGGACUCCACUAUUCCAUGAAUGAACAGUGCCGCUUUGAUUUUGGUUUGGGCUACAUGAUGUGCACAGCUUUCCGCACCUUUGAUCCUUGCAAACAGCUGUGGUGCAGUCAUCCUGAUAACCCUUAUUUCUGCAAAACAAAGAAAGGACCUCCACUGGAUGGAACUAUGUGUGCUCCUGGAAAGCAUUGUUUUAAAGGUCACUGUAUCUGGUUAACUCCAGAUAUACUGAAGCAAGAUGGAAACUGGGGAGCAUGGAGUAAAUUUGGUUCCUGUUCCCGAACUUGUGGAACAGGAGUGAAAUUCAGGACACGCCAGUGUGACAAUCCUCACCCUGCUAAUGGAGGCCGCACAUGUUUUGGGCCAAACUAUGAGUUCCAGCUGUGCAAUAUCAAAGACUGCCCUGAAGAUGAUGAAGACUUCAGAGAGGAGCAGUGCAGGCAGUGGGAUCCUGUUUUUGAAUAUCAGAACAUGAAGCAUCACUGGCUCCCAUAUGAACAUACUGAUGCUAAAGAAAGGUGCCACCUGUACUGUGAGUCCAAGGAAACUAAUGAUGUGGUGUAUAUGAAAAGAAUGGUACAUGAUGGAACACGGUGCUCCUAUAAGGAUUUGCACAGUAUCUGUGUGCGAGGAGAGUGCCUGAAAGUCGGUUGUGACAAGGUAAUAGGCUCAUCAAAGCAAGAAGAUAAAUGUGGUGUGUGCGGUGGAGACAAUACCCAUUGCAAAGUGGUGAAAGGAACAUUCUCCAGGGCACCAAAGAAACAAGGUUAUCUUAGGAUGUUUGACAUUCCAGCUGGUGCAAGGCAUUUGCUUAUACAAGAAUCUGACGCCACAGUUCAUAAUCUUGCGAUCAAGAACAGAGAGACAGGGAAAUAUAUUUUAAAUGAAAACAACUAUGUGCCAGACUCCAAAACAUUCAUCCACAUGGGUGCAGAAUGGGAAUAUCGGAACGAUGAGGACAGGGAAAUGGUACAAACGAUGGGCCCUUUACAUCACAGCAUCACCAUUCUGGUAAUUCCUCAUGGUAAUGGGAAGAUUUCGUUGACAUACAAAUUUAUGAUCCAUGAAGAUUCUUUAAAUGUAGAUGAUAACAAUGUCUUGAAAGAUUCUAUACCAUAUGAAUGGGCUCUGAAAAAAUGGUCACAGUGCUCAAAACCUUGUGGAGGAGGCUAUCAAUUUACAAAAUAUGGUUGUCGGAGGAAGAAUGACCUUAAGAUGAUUCAUCGCAGUUAUUGUGAGUCCAUCUCAAAGCCCAAGCCCAUUCGUAGAGUGUGCAAUCUCCAGGAAUGUUCCCAGCCAAUAUGGGUGACAGGUGACUGGGGACCUUGCAGCAAAAGUUGUGGGAAAACAGGAUAUCAGGUGCGUUCAGUACGAUGCAUCCAAACCCUGCAUGACAAUACAAAUCGCUCUGUCCAUACCAAGUACUGCAGCAGUGAUCGUCCAGAGGGCAAGAGGGUUUGCAAUCGGGAACUUUGCCCUGCACGGUGGUGGAUAGGACCCUGGUCACAGUGUUCUGUAACCUGUGGUAAUGGCACACAAGAAAGGCCAGUUCUCUGCAGGACAAGAGAAAAUGUUACUGGAUUUUGUAAAGAAGAUAGGCCAGAAACAACAAGGCUCUGCAGGCUAUCUUCAUGUCCUAAAAAUUCAUCAGAUACAUCCAAGAAGACCUACAUGAUACAGUGGCUGUCAAGGCCGGACACAGAUUAUCCUAUCCAGAAAAUAUCUUCAACAGAACAUUGCCAAGGAGACAGAUCAAUGUUUUGUCGCAUGGAAGUUCUCCAUCAAUACUGUACCAUUCCUGGAUAUAAUAAACUGUGUUGCAAGUCUUGUGGUAUGUUCACUAAUGAAACAGGACAUGGAAACUCAACAGUUAAUGACAUUGAAGAGGACAUCGCUCCCACCCUUGCAACAUCUGUUGAGGAUCAUACACCACAUAGAACAACAGGUCCACCAGUUGUUGCCAAGGUAAAUAAAUCCAGUUCUAAUGUAACCAUAGAGCAGCCAGAAGGUAACACACUGGAUGUACCCUACAAAAUUCAUGAGCUGGAAAAUGAAGUGCCACAACACAACAUCAUCUGGAGGAGGAGACCACCAUAUGGAAGGACAAAGAACCAAAGAAUUCAGGAGCUGAUUGCAGAAAAAAGGAAAAAAGGAAUGCUCAGGGAAUUACGUUAAAAUGGAAAUAUAACUAUAUAUAUACAGAUAUAUAUUUUCUCUCUUAUAGAGAUGUUACAGUGCUGCAGUAAUGUCCAUGCCACCCUAGAGACAACGUUUUUGAAUAGUGGUGCUAUGGCAGAAAUGCCUAAUGCUAUAGCUUGCAAUAAAUAGAAAUGUAGGCUUAUUUAAUUAAAGAAAAGAUAAACAAUAUAACCAAGUUAGGGUUACAAGUGGCCACUGAAGAGGGUACAAUAUUGUCAUAGCUUAACUGCUAUGCAACAAUGGUACCUACAGGUAGUCCUUGUUCAGU